ACUGAAAAACGUUUAUAAAUAUAGGCGCCUCAGAUUUUUAUUAUUAGUUCACAAAGAUUUGUUUUAGUGGUACAUGUAUCUGCUUGAAGACAUUUGCAAUUCUAUUUCGAACAUUUGAGUAGUGUUUCAACUGAUCGUCGCAUCAAUGAUUUUAUUAGGAUCAAUAAAACAGUAGCUGAGGAAGAAGAAGUUCAAUUAAACGGUCAAGAACAUUAAGAAACAAUGUUUAUCACUAUAUUGUUAUUAUCCAUGUUUAUUUUAUUGGUAUAUCAUUAUUACGUACAUUAUGGAAGAAAUGGGCGACUCCUCAGUCUUUUACCGGGACCACUGGGCUAUCCGAUUGCUGGCAAUGCAUUUCUAGUAUUCGGUUCAACAGAGAAACUAUUGAUACGGUUGAAUAGCCUAUGUGAUAAGUAUUAUCCCAUUGCUAAAGUAUGGAGUUUUUUCACGUAUGUUGUGACUAUCCGUCAUCCUGAUGAUUUGGAGACGAUACUAAGCAAUACCAAGCACAUCGAAAAAGGUCUUCCAUAUAACAUGUUACAUGCAUGGUUUGGUACAGGACUUCUCACGAGCACAGGUGCUAAGUGGCAUGCACGACGAAAGAUGUUAACACCGGCGUUUCAUUUUAAUAUAUUGAAUCAAUUUGCUGAUAUCUUAAUCAAGGAGGGCGAUUGUAUGACAAAAUCUUUGAAAGAUGUCGGAGGAACAAUUGUAAAAGAUUUAGUACCAUUUAUUAGUGAACAUACGCUAAAUGCCAUAUGCGAAACUGCCAUGGGCAUCUCUCUGCAAAAAUUGGGCGAGUUCCAACAACAGUAUCAAAAUGCGAGUCACGAUAUAAUCGAAUUAUUGGUUUACAGAAUACUCAGGCCUUGGUUCUACAACGAUUUGUUAUUCUCAUUAUCGCCACAAGGAAGAAAGCAAAAAAAAAUCUUGAAAAUAUUGCAUGGAUUUACAGAAAAACUAAAAAAAAGCGGCUAGCCAUGUUGGAUCUCUUAAUAGCGGCAUCUCGAAAUAAUGAUUUGACUGACUUGGACAUCAGAGAAGAGGUCGAUACCUUUAUGUUUGGGGUAUAUACUUGUAAUCUUUUUUUAAUUUUUUGUACAUAUCAU